AUGGGGAAGGACCAGGAGCUGCUGGAAGCCGCUCGCACUGGAAAUGUGGCCCUGGUGGAAAAACUCCUGUCUGGGAGAAAAGGAGGGAUCCUGGGCGGUGGAUCCGGAGCUCUGCCCCUGUCCAGCCUAUUAAGCAUCUGGCGAGGUCCCAAUGUAAACUGCACAGACAGCUCGGGUUACACCGCUUUACACCAUGCAGCUUUAAAUGGACAUAAGGAUAUAGUUCUCAAAUUACUACAGUACGAGGCUUCAACUAACGUGGCAGACAACAAAGGUUAUUUUCCUAUACACCUGGCUGCCUGGAAAGGAGACGUAGAUAUUGUGAAGAUUCUUAUCCAUCAUGGACCUUCACAUUCCAGAGUCAAUGAGCAGAAUAAUGAAAACGAGACGGCCCUGCACUGCGCGGCGCAGUACGGACACUCCGAGGUGGUUGCUGUUCUGCUGGAAGAGCUCACAGACCCCACGAUACGAAACAACAAGUUGGAGACGCCGUUGGAUCUGGCCGCGCUCUACGGGCGGCUGCGGGUGGUGAAGCUGAUCGUCGGGGCCCAUCCCAACCUGAUGAGCUGCAACACGCGGAAGCACACGCCGCUGCACCUGGCGGCGCGCAAUGGCCACAAAGCGGUCGUCCAGGUGCUGCUCGAGGCUGGGAUGGAUGUCAGUUGCCAGACUGAAAAGGGGAGUGCCCUGCAUGAAGCAGCCCUAUUUGGAAAGAUGGAUGUUGUGCGGGUUUUGUUAGAAACUGGAAUUGAUGCCAAUAUAAAGGAUAGCGUAGGGAGAACUGUCUUAGAUGUUCUCCAAGAACAUCCAUCCCAGAAAUCACUGCAAAUUGCUACUCUUCUACAAGAAUAUUUGGAAGGUGGGGAAAAAUCAACUUUCCUGGAAGAACAUGUUCAGGAUUGUCCUGAGCACCAAAUGGGAAUUUCAUCCCCUGAUGAUUCUCCAGCUCAAAAGGCCAAAAGUGAAGCAGUGACUGGAGAAUUAUCCAAGCUGUUAGAUGAAAUAAAACUCUGCCAAGAAAAGGAUUAUUCUUUUGAAGAUCUGUGUCAUUCACUAUCAGACCACUAUUUAGACAAUUUGAGCAAGAUUUCUGAGGAAGAACUCGGGAAAAACGGAAGCCAGGCAACAAGGCCUUCAUCAGUGAUAAAUCUGUCUCCAGGAGAGUUGGAGGAGGAGGAGGAUGAUCAAAACGGUUGUGGACCAUCAGGAUUAUGGGGGGCUCUGACGCCCUGUAACGGAUGUCGGAACCUGGGAUUCCCCAUGCUUACACAGGAGACUUAUCCAAAGAAGAGGAGUUAUACUUUGGAAAUUGUACCACCUGCUUCUCUAGAUGUGUUUCCUUCCGAAAAUGAAAGCCAUCUAUGUGAUCUCAUGGACAUAGCAGUAACGAAGAAGCCCUGUUCUUUAGAAAUAGCAAGGGCACCUUCCUCAAGAGCAGAUAAUGCAUCUCAGGUAGCAAUUACUGCACCAGGAACCAGUAACCAUAGAAACAGCUCUACCGGCCCAACACCUGAUUGCUCUCCUCCAUCUCCUGACACUGCCCUCAAAAACAUUGUAAAAGUUAUUCGACCCCAGCCUAAACAACGCACAUCUAUUGUGUCUGCUCUGGAGUUUCACCGACUGAACCACAGCCAUGAUUACUUUGAAAUAAAGUCAUCAACAGGGUUCACAAGCUUUAUUUCCAGCCCUUCUAUCAGCCCAUCUAACUAUGCCAUUGGUUCCAGGGAAGGAAGCAAUAAAGGGAUCAAUCAUUCAGAUAAUCUCUGUCUUCAGGAAAAAAGUCCUAUUCCCGAGGAACCUGAACCUGGGCAAUUUGCUGGCCUUCUUCACGGAUCUUCUCCGGCUUGUGAGUCUCCUGAAAAUCCACUGCAGCUCUACAGUAAAGCCCACCAGAGUGAAGAGGCAUCAGAAGGAACCAGGUUGAUAACUAAUUCAAUGCUACCUAAGCAACCACCUCCAGAAAACAACCCAGAAACUGUAGUGAAGAAAAUCAAACCCAAAGUGGUAAACAGGACAAUAUUUCACACAAAAAUUAAUCAAUUAGAAAACCGGACCUUUAUCGGCACGAGAACAACACGGAACGGCACAACGAGGAAUGGCGACCAGUGGAUUAUUAGCACGGGGGCAUUUGUGGAGCGGGCGUGUACACUCGGGAGGAUACGGUCUUUGCCCAGAGCCCUUCUAGAUUUGCAUUUAUCCAGAAACGUGUCCAAGUCGGACUCUGAUCUCAUUGCCUAUCCAUUGAGUGAGAAAACACCAAGAGCCAACUGGAGCGAGCCCUCAACCACUGAACACAGUUCAAAGGGGAAUUCUGAACGAACACCGUCCUUCACUUCAGAAUGGGAAGAAAUUGAUAAAAUAAUGAGCUCCUUAGAUGUUGGAAUCAACGCUGAACUGGAAGAAAUGAAUGAUGAGGCUGCAAGACCCAGAUGCCCUGUCCAAACGGUGGGACAAUGGUUGGAAAACAUUGGGCUACCUCAGUAUGAGAACCACUUGAUGGCUAAUGGAUUUGACAAUAUUCAGUUCAUGGGAAGCAACGUAAUGGAGGAUCAGGAUUUGCUGGAAAUAGGAAUCCUUAACUCUGGACACAGGCAAAGAAUUCUUCAGGCAAUCCAGCUCCUUCCGAAGAUGAGGCCUAUUGGUCAGGAUGGCUACCACCCCACCUCAGUGGCCGAGUGGCUGGAUUCCAUUGAACUGGGAGACUACACCAAACCCUUUCUGAUUAACGGCUACACGUCGAUGGAUCUGUUGAAAAAAAUCUGGGAGGUCGAAUUAAUUAAUGUUUUAAAAAUCAGUUUGAUUGGCCACCGGAAGCGUAUUUUGGCAUCCCUGGGAGACAGACUGCACGAGGAUCCUCCCCAGAAACCGCCACGGUCCAUCACCCUCAGGGAACCCAGUGGUAAUCACACUCCUCCUCAGCUGUCUCCAUCACUUAGCCAAAGCACUUACACCACUGGUGGGUCUCUGGACGUUCCUCAUAUUAUGAUGCAGGGGGAUGCAAGGAGAAGAAGAAAUGAAAACUACUUCGAAGAUAUUCCCCGAUCAAAACUGGAGAGACAGAUGGCUCAGCAGUCGUCUGUCUGUGAAAUUUGGACGAACCAGAAUGCUGGAUUUCCUUUCUCAGCGAUCCAUCAGGUUCAUAAUACAGGAGACUGGGGAGAGCCUUCGAUUACCUUGCGACCACCCAACGAAGCCACAGCCUCAACUCCUGUCCAGUACUGGCAGCAUCACCCAGAGAAACUCAUCUUCCAGUCGUGUGAUUAUAAGGCAUUUUAUUUAGGUUCUAUGCUGAUAAAAGAACUCAGGGGGACAGAAUCAACGCAGGAUGCUUGUGCAAAAAUGAGGGCUAAUUGUCAGAAAUCUACAGAGCAAAUGAAGAAAGUCCCGACUAUUGUUCUCUCAGUCUCUUACAAAGGAGUCAAAUUUAUCGAUGCAACGAAUAAGAACAUAAUUGCUGAGCAUGAAAUUCGUAACAUCUCCUGUGCUGCUCAGGACCCUGAAGACCUCUCAACGUUUGCUUAUAUCACUAAAGAUUUGAAGUCUAAUCACCACUACUGCCAUGUAUUCACUGCCUUUGAUGUGAAUUUAGCCUAUGAAAUAAUUCUAACCCUAGGACAGGCAUUUGAAGUGGCCUACCAGCUAGCACUACAGGCUCGGAAAGGGGGCCACUCCUCAACCCUGCCAGAAAGCUUUGAAAACAAGCCCUCCAAACCCAUUCCCAAACCACGUGUUAGUAUUCGCAAAUCAGUGCAGAUAGAUCCAUCUGAACAAAAGACUCUUGCCAAUCUACCGUGGAUUGUAGAACCAGGACAAGAAGCAAAAAGAGGGAUUAAUACCAAGUAUGAAACUACAAUUUUCUGAUCCGAAAGAGACAUUUUGUCCUUGUUGUGCCUUGCACUCCAAGCAGUUACAGCACAGCCUUUCCUUUCCGGCACCAGUCGAGGGGAAGGCUGAACUGUUAGCGUGGCCUUGUCACUCACAAAAGGCUGCCGGCCAUUUCUGCUGAUGUUCUUCCUGCAGCAAUGACAGAAGAAUGCUAACCGAGACUUUCCAGUUGCAAUCUAUAAGAGGAGCAAGCUGAGAGUUUCUUUUCCCAAAUCAGUAUUUAUUGUGACUCUGCCACAGUGCUUUCUUUGGUUUCUUAUUUUAGGGUUCUAGUUUUUUAAAGGGUCACCAAAUGCUCUCUCUAAGAGUUUAAAAAUUGGGGUUUAUUUUUAAAUUUGGGGCAGUUUCUAAAUCAGCUCAGACCAGAAUUGCUCAAUACAGUAUUUAUGAAGCCACUGAACUCCUGAAACAUUACAUAGUGUUGUUUAUUGGGAAAGGGCAAAAAUCACCCUCAAUUUGCCAAAUUUAGUUUCUAUCUUUGCAGAUUUUAUAUAUAAUCAAUAUUGUCAUGGUUGCCUAUACAAAAAGAGCCUUUCUUCAAGGGACAGAGUCAACAUUUAAGAAUGAGAAAAAGAGGAAUUCAUUAUGCACAGAAAAUGUCUUGUAUUAAAUAUUUUUAUUAAAAGAAUGUUGCAUUAAUGCAUUGAUGAGGAAACUGGGUUAGUUGUGAAGAAUGUCUGCCUUUUAUUUUAAAUUACUGACUCCACUGCUACCACUUGGCAAAUCUCAGCAGUCACAGCAACAAUGUUCUAGAUGCUUCAUGGAGCAGGAGAAACAAAAAAGCAGGCUAGUCAUUGCACUCGAGAUUUCACAUUUAAACAGUUAAAUGUUGCUAUAGCCAUGAAUCCUGCAAAUACUUUCAGAUCUCAUCAGUGUUUUAAAAAACACUUUCACAACCUAAGGACUUUGCUGUAAAAAUUUCUGUCACAGAAACCUUGUUCGAGGGAAGUGUUAAUAAAAGCUCUAUUGCAAAAAUUUUUCUAAGAAAAAGAAAAACCAAAAAAAAGCCAAAAAGAAGAAAUUCCAAAGUAAUAAAACUCUUUUCUUGAAAGAAAAACUUAAAGCAUUUGCUUACUAUUUGAUUAAAUAAAAUUUACUUACAUUUUCUUUAAGGUAUUUUAAUUUUUUUUAAUGUCUCUGUGAAGUAUUUGUAUGACACCAUAAUGUAUAUUUAUGUAGAACUGAAUUAUACAACCAGUACCAAUAUCACUAUAGAAGAAAAUGGCAUUUUAAUGUAUAUUGUUCUAACCGGUCAUAUUGUGAAUCAUUUUGAAGUUCAUUAUAGAGAUACUGAUGAAUUGUGUAGUUGUCUUAAUUUUUUUUAAUUACUAUUAUUUUAAAUCUAACCAAGCCUAUCAGUUAUAAUCUUCAGUGGGUGAAUUCCAAAGAUGGAUAACUGAACUUUGUUUCCAACUGAUAAAUAUAUAUGGUUUAGAUGAACCUGAAUAUAGCUCUGAGUGAUGAAAACUUUUAAUACAAUAUUAAAUUACUUGAACUGAAGAAUUCCUUGUAUAUAUUUUGCCCAUUCACUGUUGAUAUGUAUGUAGGUAACUGAUGGUAAAAAUAACGUUGAAAAAGGGUACCAAAUGGAAAUUGUAUAGGAGCAAAGUAAAUAGUAGCCUCACUGCAGCAAAAACAUAUUUGUAAAUAUGCUUGGGCUUCCAGUUAUAAAUUUUGUAAUUUUGUCAUUAUUUAUAACCUAUAAAAGCACACAAAAUAAAAAGGAGU